AACCAGUUAAGACCUAAGAGUCUUGGAGAUUGGUACCUACCUACCUUCCGUGUCACCUGUUACCUACGUUUUAUCAAGUUCAAGUUCAUAUUUUCACUUGGUAAGAUGAAGCCUAUAGCAACCUAUGUGUUUAUAGAUUUACAAUCUAGCGGUCUGCCCGUCAACUCCAGGAUCGUAGAAAUUACGGAACUGGCCAUGGUUGCUGUAAAGCGCACACAUUUUCUGAACACAGACCCUGAUGAACUACCACGAGUUCAGUAUAAACUACACAAGUGCUUUUCUACUGAGAGGAGUAUGUGCAAAAAAAGUGUUUCAAUGACGGGAUUAAAGCCUAAUCUCUUGAAAGAUGAGCCUGUUUUUGAUGAACGAGCAUGUGAAGUCAUCAACUCUUUCAUAAAUUGUUUGGAGAAGCCUGUGUGCUUAAUUGGCCAUAAUGCUUUAAAGUUUCACUUACAGUUGCUUAAAUAUCAUCUUAAGACACUUAAAUUUGAAUUGUCAGAUGAGGACAAUAUCCUGUGCUCUGAUAGCCUUUAUGCAUUUUUUGAUGUAUUGCAAGCUGAUGAUAUAAGAAAGUACACAAAUGAUUCUUUAAAAAAACCUUUGACCAAACCAAUGUUAUUCUGGAAACUGUACAGAGAACAAUUUUAUAGAACAAUUGGAAUGAAACGUUCAUACCAAUUGGGUGCUCUUUAUAAUGAAAUAGUGGGUGAGCCUUAUCUCGAGUCCAAUUGGGCUGAGAAUAACUGCAUCAAGAUUAUGAGUAUUGCAUUAACUAUAAAAGAAGAUUUUGAAAAAUGGAUUGCCAAUAAUCACUGUUUGUUCUCGGGAGUGUGUCCUAUGGUAAUGUAACAACCAGGUUACAUGUUCUUGGUAAGAUUUUAAAUUUGUUUUUAUGUUAAAUGUUUAAUAUUUACUGUCACUACUUCUGUAGUACCUAUUUAAGGAACACUCCAAAAAACUUGAUUGUUAUUUUGUUAAUUAUGUAAUUUUUGAUGGUAGGUAUAAAGAAUAAGUUUUUUUGUUUUAUUAUCUAGCAUUACUUUAGUGUUUCAUGUUUUGUAGGCAAUUUGAUUGCUUUGUUGUAUAAGUUGUAGUAACAAAAGAUGAGUAGAUAAGAAAUAUUAUGUAAAUCUUCUUUAAUCUAUUGCACUAAAUGUUUAUGGUUACACUAUUUUAAUGAACUCUAUCUAUACUGGUAUUUGUUAGGAGUCGCGGGGAACCUAACGGGUAACCGGGACUCCGGCUCGAUGUGCAGGAGAAGGAACGGGGUGGUUUUUAGUCAGUA